AACUUAUUAUGUUUUAAAAAUGAAUAGACACACACAUAUAUAUAUAUAUAUAUAUAUAUUAUAAUAUAUAUCAAUUUAUAAUUGAAAACAAAAUAUUUAUUUAAAAAUUAAUAAAAACAAAAACCCGCACGAGAUCUAGUUUUACUUAAAUUACAAAAAAUUUUGACCUUAUAUGCAUUGUAUCUUCGUAAGAAAUGUAUAAUUUGAAUCUUUAUUUCCUGACAACCUUAUCAUACUUUCUAAUUAACCAAAGUAUUAUUACAAUUAAUUUAAUUCAUAGAACUAGUUUGAACAAGGCCUUGGUAGGCCAAAGGCCUCUCUUUGUAGCUUUUGGUGGACGGUGGCCUUAACAAUUUUUGUUUUUUGUCAAGCCCAAAAUGUUUUUUUUUUAAUCUCUUUAACCUGCACACAACUUGUUUAAGAUUUUAGUCUUAGAGGGAAAUUGACUAAAAAAAAAAUGCAGUUGAAUAAGCAACGUAUGAAACCAAUGGAUUGGCCGACAACGCCUGAUAUAUGCGGAUAAUCAAUUAAAAAGGUACAUUUAGAGGGAAAACCGAUCUGCCUCAAGAUGUCUAUUGUCUACAUGCACUAAUCUCACUCACUGGUACAACUCUAGUGUACAUGAAGUAUAAUUCUUAAACGUGUUAAGGUUCCGUUUAUUGCUUAAAAUUUUGGUUGCUACAUUAAUAUUUUGGACUGUUAAAUACCCUGACUUGACAUAGCACCAUACUUUUUUUUUUAAUUAUACAUUUGUUCCAAACCUACAAGGCUAGAAGUAAACUUAAUACUAAUCAUAACUUACCAAUAGGCUACGGUGGAAGCACCGUAGCCUAUUGGUUAAGGCUUAAAGGUUUCUACACCCAGGUCUGGGGUUCGAAUCUCAGACUAUGCAAUUUAUUGCAGAUUACAGGAAAUCCAGGUUUCAAGUCCCGGAGAAAGCGGUUUAUUAAACAAUUAUGCAGACUCCAGAGGAAAAGGCUUGCAAGAGAUCUUCAACAUGGUGCAAGUAAAUCUGGCCAGGCGUGGAUCUUCAUAGGACGGCUCAGGUGAUGCAGUUAGGCAUAGGUCUUCAUAAGGCAGGUAGUAUUGUCGGUUGUCGAAUCGUCUAUGUAAUCUUUCCUAUAUCAUAAUUGUAAGAUCGUAAUAAAUCAGCGUUAAAAUAAAAAAAUCAUAACUUACCAUUUUUACCAAAAUGUAAAGCAUUUGGAUUCAGAAAUGAACAUGGCGCGCCUUACUUCAAGUCAUGGACUCAUGAUUAAAGUUAUAGAUAUUUCUAAUUAUCUAUCAGAAAGUGCACUGCUUACAGAGCUAACAAACACAUGAAUGGUUGAAGAAGGUUUUUUGUUUUGAUACUUAAGCCAUCUUUUUCUUACUUAAACCAUAUUUACAUUUCAAGAAACAAUCUCCAGACAAUCUCUUUCAAACAUUUAAAUUCCUCUCUUUCUGAAUAACAAUAUUGCAUUACAUUUUAGUUAUGUUACAAAAUGAUCAAUGUACCAUCGUAAUUAUGGUCACAUGUAACGUAGAGAGAGAGAGAAAAAAACGUAGAGAGACAUGACAAUCUACCACCGGUUAAACCCGGUCUAAAAAUCUCGCAUCGCCGCUUAAAAAUGCCAAUCACUUGUUACGGUUCGUCACCUGUCUUCCCGGUAAUCCCGUCCUCUCUAUUUAACAUUCCAAAAGCUCUCCCAAAUUAAAUAUAAAUAAUUAAUUUAUUCAUUUUCUCACCAAUCCUUGCACAAAAAUUCAAACUCCGUCCCAACGACCCACACACCGAUUAUUACCUUACGCGCCACGAUCCGUCCGCGAGAAAACCUUCUCUAAACGAUGGAGCCGCCGCCGCCGCCGCCUAAGUCAGAUAUCGAAGUGAAGAUUGCGCAGAAUCCAAACCCGUCGCCGAUCGUCGAUCCGAAAGCUACGGAUCAAGGACCGAAGAAGGGAGGCGACAACGCGAGCAUCGAGAUUGAAAUCGAGACGAAAGGGAGCGAUCCAACAACGGUGCAACCGCCUGUUCGAACUGGAUCGAAGAAAAACGUCCAUUGGAGCCCCGAAUUGGUUUCCGGGUCUCAGGAACCGGAUCAUUCGUCUUACCCGGCCGGAUCUAACCCGUACAUUGCUCGUUCUCCACCAGAGACAACCGAUGCUUCAUUAAAAGAUACGAUGGAGUCUGUGAAAGGAGCGCUAGGGAGAUGGGGAAGGAAAGUUGCUGAAGCUGCAAAGAAGACGGAGAGCCUCGCGGGGAACACGUGGCAGCAUCUGAGAACUGCUCCGAGUUUUGCGGAUGCUGCUAUGGGGAGAAUCGCGCAGAGUACUAAGGUUCUUGCAGAAGGAGGGUACGAGAAGAUUUUCCGACAAACCUUUGAGACCGAUCCAGAAGAAGAGCUGUUGAACUCUUUUGCAUGUUACUUGUCCACCUCGGCUGGCCCUGUUAUGGGAGUUCUUUACGUAUCCAAUGCUAACCUUGCUUACUCUAGUGACAACCCUCUUUCUUACAAAAAUGAGGGUCAAACCCAGUGGAGCUAUUACAAGGUGGUUAUACCAUUACAUCAACUUAAAGCAGUGAAUCCAUCAGCAAGCAUAGUGAAUCCUGCAGAGAAGUACAUACAGGUGAUUUCAGUAGACAAUCAUGAGUUCUGGUUCAUGGGUUUCUUGAACUAUGAAGGCGCUGUCACCUCUCUGCAAGAAUCUUUGCAAGACAGUGGUUUACGGUCAGUGUGAGUGAUUGAUACACACACACACUUGGUGGAUUCUUUGAUGACCAUUUUAAGCCUAUUGAUGAUUGAGAUACUUUCUCUUCUUUUUUCUUUUUUUUUUUUGCUUAGUUAUAUGAUUACAGAAAACUCGAUUAACAUUAUUUGCAUAAAUAUAUAAUCUCUUAAAUUCUUUUUGCUAUAUCAUGUCUGUCUUUUGUGCCAUAUCUUUCCAUUAGGUGUGUUGUUGAUUGUUGUAUAACGGCGUUGAGAAAGACCAUGACGUGUGUGUGUGUGUGUGUGUGUGUGUGUGUGAUGCAACUUAUUAUAAUAGUCAAAAUGUAAGACUCCUAA